CUUAAUUCUACACAAAAAGCGGCAGUCGAGUUUAUAGUUCAUACUAAUGAAAGUAAAAACGAAACAGAUAUUACACAAGCAUGGACAAACUGCACACAAGUGAAUUCGUCUUGCAACAGCGCAGAAAAAGCUUAUUUAAACACGACUUUCGGUAUAAUCUUCGAUUCAACCGUUUAUAUUAAUGAAACCAAAGAUUUGUGUAAUAUUUCGAAAGCGUGCGACACAAAUACAACCACGUGUUCUAGCAAAUCUAAAUCGGUGGCAUGCAGCUGCAAGGCUGGUUACGUCAACAACACCUUUAUAAACGAAACGUCCUGUUAUACGUGCGAACUUCCAGCCGACAUUCCGGAAAUUACAUCAACUACAGUCGUGUCAAACACAACGACAUCAACUGAAGUUUCAUCAACAGAAAUUACGACAACUAUAAUGCCGUCUAGUUAUUUAAAAUCAACUUCUAGACUAGACAAUAACAUUACCAAUACCCCUUCAUCUUCCGAACCAACCCACCUCCCGACUAUUUAUCCGGUAAUAUCCGAAACGGAUAAAACGGUAGUAUACCAGACAGGCACAAAAUCUUCAGUCGACACAAACAAACCAAAGGCCACCACAGAAGCUAUCGAGUAUAAUUUAUCGCCAAAAGUGGAUACAACAACAAAAGCUAAAGAUGGGGUGGAUGUAAAAAAAGACGACAAACCCGAUUCGUCUAGCAACACGUCUCUGAUCGCCACAGGUGCAAGUCUUGGAGGCGUCGUCCUGAUAUUGGUGAUCACCAUCAUCGUCGUGUGCAGACUUCGCAGCAAGAAGGCACGAGAUGCAGAGACAAUUAAGCUUAGGAAGCUAGAGAAGGAUCACAGGAAUGGAUUCGAUAACUCGCUGUUAGGCAGGAACUACCUUCGCUCGGAUUCAAAGCAGAACUCCACAAUUGAUUUAAGACAGUCCGAUCGUGACAAAAGUCGCAAUUCGUUCAAUGGUGGGCCGUUCAAGCCAAUUCAACCAAACUACACCAGGCCAUUCAGAUCAGGCGACCCCGAUUCGACGUGGGACCAUAACGGACAUGUGCCCGCAAUGAAUGGCCGAUCCGGUUCGCUACCGGACAUUAAUAACCAUGUCGAUAUGAGAUUAGCGCGAGAGACAAGGCGAUUGUCAUACCAGAGGGAUUCCGAUCCGCUGUACUCUUCUCCAAAAAAGGAUAAAGAUCCACCACCUACGCAAAAACCAAUGGACAACUACAAGCAAAACAUGGUUAGGGUAUUUCCCGAGUCUGGUGAGCGACUUCCGAGAGCACGAAACAGUCAGUUUCCGAGAAAUAUUGGAAACGGCCGGAUUUCUCCGGAUCCCGAUUACCAUGGUCCACCACGGUCACCAAAGCCCGAUUAUCACGAAAAACGGUCGCGUGACCUUCUGAACGCAUCAAACGACAGUGGAUUGAAUGGCUUUUCGCGGAGCAGCGGUGGUCCAGAUGUACAAAGGUCACGUGAGAGCUUUGGUUACGGAAGUCUGGGACGUGACCGAAACCGGAUGGAGGGCACGCCCUUUUAGAGAAUUUGUUUACAUAUACAAUUGUCAUUGCAGCUUUUUCCAGUUUUGGCGUCGUUCUCUUUUUCAGAAAGACGUUUUUCAUGACAUCAUUUGAAACACGUAAUUUCAAAUCGUUAUAUUAGCAAGUGUGCACGCAAAGCUCAUCCAUUUGAUUAUUACAUGUAUAUAGCUCGCUGUUCAAGCCAAAUUAUAUGGUGAAUUAUAUUAUUACAGGAAAGAGCUUUUUUCUAGCUAUUUGUCGUUUUACUCGUUGUUUUACUAAGUUUGCAUUGGUGUUCCUUUAUUGUAGAAUCGUAGAAAUACUGUAUUUCUUAAUCUUCUUUGUUGUUGUUUUGCUAGGCUCGCCAUUUAUAUCAUAAUACAAUAACAAAGAAUAAUAGAUUGUAAGUGUGUGUCUGUGUUCGUGGUGCCGAUUCAUGAUCACUAACAAUGCUGGGUGUUAAAACCGUUCCUGUACAUAUUGCAAUUGUUCUUCCGCUGGUGGAUAUAAACAAUCACAUGUUUACAUUCAUGUAGAUGUUUCAGAAGUUUAUUGAUUGGCGUGUAUUUACAUAUUUUUAGCAAACAUAUCAAUUGAUAAAUAAAAUCGUAUGUCUUGAUAUAA